AAAACGGUAAACAAGUCGGGUAAUGCAUUUUUAAAAAUAGAAAUUAUUGUGUUGCGAUAGAAUUUAGAAAGGCCUCGAGGUUUGGAGCAGAAUGCAGUAGCGUGUCUUCGGGCUUCCUCAGCUCAGACUCAGUUGUUUAUUAUAUUGUGUGACCUUAGCACAGAGUCAAUAUUGGACGAUGAUCGAGCUACCAGGAAUUACUGAUCAAACCUCAUAAACUGAUCCGCAAACUAAAGAAAAAAGUAGAAGCUAAUUGCUGCAAUUUCUACAAAUUUCGUGACUUUAAUCCGAUGCACAUGCAUACGCACCAUACUUUUUCUCACCACAACAAAUUUAGUGCCAUGAAGGUUCUUCGUGCAUGUAAUGUCCACGUAAAUAUGGAAAGCAACUCAUUAGAUCAUUACGAACAACAACUCUUCAAGGUGUUCGAAAGCCACGACCACGAGAACAAGGGAAGCUUGGACCGGGAUGGUCUGACCAAACUGUGCCAGACGUUGCAGCUCGAGGAGCAAAGUGAAGGGCUGAUCAAGGUGCUGCUGAAGGACCCUAAGAUCACUCGCAUUACCUUCGCCGAAUUCAAGGAUGCGUUGCUAGGUGUUCUAGAUAACUUGCAGAAUGGUGGAAACACCGUGGACGCUUCACCUGAUAGAGAGGUCUCUCCGAAGUUCGUGUACGGAUCUAAGAAGUACGGUCGACGAUCGCGCUGCGAGGAUGCCGCCAAAGAGGCGGAGAAGGAUAAUAACAUCAUCAAUAAAUCCAAUCAGGUGCAGAGGUCUAAUUCGCAGAAGGAGGUGACGUACUCGAAGAAGAGGAGGCUGAAGCGGUGCACGUCUUUGCCUGGUCAGAAUAAUGAAUACAAUGAGAAUCAUCUGCACUGCACGGAGGAUAUGCUUCGGGAGGCCUGGAAAAAGCUGGGAGUCGGCGAGGACGGUUUUUUGAAUCAGACGGAACUGAUUUUGGUGUGUAACUCUAUAGGACUGAACAAGUUGGCGGACAGCGUGAUCAGGCAGCUGUCCAAUAAGGUGGUUCUAGAUUACAAUAAGAAAAUCAGCUUCCACGAUUUACUAGAGGCCAUCCAGCAGGACGAGACGUGGAACGAGUUUCUGCUGAACACGUCGGUGGAAGCUAAGCCGGAGAUCGAGUUCGUCGAGUCCAAAGUGCUGCAACAUAUCAAGCUCGGGUCCGAUGGGACCGGCUACAUAAAUUCCGAUGUAAUAAUCGACCUUUGGGAGCAUGCCGGAAUCUCCUCGCCGAAGAUGCUGCUCACCGAUCUGGGCUUCCGGGAGUCGCAGAUCAACGUGCAGGAACUCUCCGCCGUUCUGGAGAAAGAGAUCAAAGGCUUAGGCGAGCUGAACACCGAUCACACGUGCAAUCCGCACACGGCCCUUCUGCACGCCUUCCUAAGCCUGUACCAGACGGAGAUCAAGUUCCUGAGGAACCUGCUGGAGCAGAUGCAGGUGGAACGCGAGAAAUUGAAAUGUGAUAUCUUCAAGGCGAACAACCGGUCCACCAUGCUCGCCCAGGAAGUCGACGAUAACGUUGCCAAAAUGGAAGCGAAUACGCAGAAGCACGUUAAGCUUUUGGAGCAGCGGCACGCGGAUCUUGUCAAAGAAGUCACCGAGCAAUUCCUCGUCGACAAAAAGAAACUGACCGAGGUCAAUCAUAACCUGGAAGGAAAGAUCCGUACGCUGGAGACUGAAGAAGCGCGAAUUCGCGAGGACCUCCAUAACGCGCAACUGUAUACCAAGUGCAUAGACGCGGAGAAUCACGAGCUGCUGGAGAAAAUUGACGAGUAUGAGCAGAAACAGCAGAUUUUGAAGGAAAAGAUCUGCGAGUUGGAGGAGGAUAAGAUCAGGAUUCACGAGACGGAAGCGGAGAAGAGCCAAGACCUGAUGCUGCAGAUGGCCGAGCUCCAGAAGCAGAACAGCAGCCUGCGCGAUGAGCACGACGAGAUUGUAUCGCGGCUGGAGAACUUGAGCAACAAGAGCAAAUUGUGCGGCACUGUUCCCGUCUCCGUGAACCUGGAGAACGAUAUGGAGAUUCUGGAGUCGUUGGCGUUGGGUGGCAAGAGGCGCAGCGAUGAUUGCACCAACGACGACUUCAACAGUUUGGACAUAUCGUGCGACGAGAGCCCACGUCUAGGAAAGGUCCGGAAGUUCCACAAAAACGUCUUUCAGUCAACGAAAAUUUCCGAAACGAACGAAUCAUUAUUAGUCGAAUCUCAGAGCAACGAAAUCACGGUGCACGAGUUGGAAACCAAAGUCAAAUGCUUGUUGCGGAUUCUGGAGGAGAACUCCAUCGCCAUACCAAAGGACUUUCACGAGGACAGCAUGCGGUCCUUCGAGAAAAUCUUGUUAGAAAUUAAAGCCAAAGCGGAUAGGAUCAGUGAUAGUGGUGGUUCCGAGGAGCUGGAAAGUCUGAAGGAGUAUAUUAAGAGAAUUUUAUUAGGUAAAUGUGAUGCGGCUGUGGCGGAGGAGGAACAAGUGCGGAGCGAGUCGUUAAGUGAUUUGGAGGAGGAAAGGAACAAACUGGUGGAGAAAUGCAAAGAUCUGGAGAGCGGUUUGGAUUUGAUGAAGAACGAGUACGAGAAGUGUGAGGAUUAUUGGCAGUGCAAGCUGGAGGACGAGAGGCGGCUCUUCGAGCAGGAGCAGAGUGAUAGUACAAAGAGAUUGAACGAGGUGUUGACGAAGCUCUCGGAGUACGAGGAGCAGUAUCUCAGGGAGGAGCAGAGGUUGCCGACGAUUGACGAGGCCCUUCUGGAGAGCCAAUACAACGAUCUGGAAAAGGAGUUUGACGAGUACAGGGCCUUGUGUCAGCUGCAGCUUGAAGAGAAGGAACAAUGUAUCGUGAAGUUGAGCGAGAGCUUGACUGGCGUCGAGGUGGGCGUCCAGUGUGAAGAUCUGGGCGAGGAAAAGCACCUCAACCUGAGCAACCACAUGAUCGAGACGACGAAUCUCUUCUCCAUCGACACUAAGCCGUUCAACUGGAAUAACAACAACAGCAGCGACUUGCACUCACUCGACGAAGCCGUCUCCGAGAAGAGUCCAUCAUCUCCUUUCCACGUAUUCAACAACAACUCCACACCGCUCCGACAGAACAGGGUUAGGCGGCACGACAGGAUCAACGCGCAGCAGAGAGUUCCCAAAAAGAGUCCCACCGUUGUGGAUGGAAGCACGGCCAGCACCAGCGGAAGCUCGAGCGGCAAGAGCUCUCGAAUAGAUGAUCCACCCACCAAGUGGGACGCAUUGGACGAUCUGCACGACGUCAACGAAGAACCCAAAUGUUGGGUAACCGUGAGUGCCUUACAUAAACUUCAGGGAAAGAAGCAGCAUCUGGAAGAGAGGUGUAAAAAGUUACAAAUGGUCCUAAAACAGCAUCAGUAUGACGAGCAGUUAAUGCAAUAUUGGUGGCAACAGUGCAAGUCCGAUCGGGCGAAGCUGCAGUAUUACCUGAAGGACUACCAGGACAAGUUCGAACAUCAAAUCCGACUGACCAACGAAUUGCAGGACAGGUUGGCCAGGAACGAUCUGUUAGUCAAAGAUCUGUUCGUGAACAACGCCUAUUUAAUAGCCAAGAAUCAAAGACUGGAGCAGCAGUGCUACAUGCUGACCCAAUGCAAUUCGAACAGCAAAUCCGUUUGACUGAUCGGGUUCCCCCAACUAUAUAUAUAUAUUAUUAAUUUGUUUAUUUGGAACAUAACAAGUGUGCCUUUAUUUAUGUCAAAGUCUUAUAUAUUUUAAAAUCGGAGAAAAACGAAAAUGUGGUUAAAGAAAACGUAAAA